GACAUUCUUGAGUAAAAACCUCAAAACGUUUGUGGCCGCCGAAGACGGCACCACGUCGUCCUCGGUGUAGAGGUAAGCCAGUACUAGCAGGGUGAUCUUUGCAGGGGUAAGAAAUCGACCCAUAGUGUGGUUGGUGUCAUGAGAGACUUUGGGACCGGCAAUUUAUCCACAGAUGAAGGUCGUCGUCGAGAUUGUUGACUUUUACAUCAGCCAUCCUACUAGACAUUUGCGCAUUGUUUCCCGAUUUGUGUUUAUUUGGCGGAGCGGUGUUGAUGUGUUGAUGCUGUUGUGCAUAUUACAGAGUAAUUAAUAUGUCGAUUCGCGUGGAUUGCCUGUACAGUAUUCUUGACCGUGUCGGGAAUCCUGAUUGGUGGAUUUUGUUUGCUACCGGUGACGUCCUACUUCGCUGCAUUCGUUGAUCUUUCAGCAGGGUUUGUGGCCGAACAUAUCUCAGCUGCGACAUGCGUUCACAAAGAUGAAGCAAGUAGUGGUCGACAGCAGAGUUGCAGAGGUCAAGAAUUACAACGGAGCAUAGAUUUUCUUGUUCAGGUACAACACGACUAGACGAUCCGACGAACAGAAUCCUCUCUCGAACACCCCCGGGGAUCAUCACAAUGUUCAUCCCAUCGGUAAGGCGCUGUGCGCCUAGUAUAUGGAAGAAUACUCAAAAAGAGAUGGCUAGAGCUACAAAAUUUGCUCUCAACCUCGAAGGAUUGACUCUACCUGUAACGCCGUACCCCAUCUUCGACUUCGCCGACCCCGAAACCAUCACGACCCUGAAGACGAUGACCGACCGAUCGGUGGGAGGAUUUUCGACGGCCGAACUCCUCCAAAAACCUGCUGAUCCCACCACCAAAACACCUGCGCAUGCACUGUUCCGUGGGAACAUAUCUACAAAACUCCCUGCCGACAGACCCGACGUCAACCGGACGGGCUACGCGGCCUGGCGGAACCAAGACCGAGGGCGGACGUUGUUCGGCGAGCUGUUCUGGAGCGUGGACUCUUACAUGUACCUGGCGCUGAGGGUCAAGAGCGACGGGAGGAAGUACUUUGUCAACAUCCAGACCGACUCGAUCGUCGAGUCGGACAUACACCAACACCGGCUGUACACGAAAUACCACAAGGGUGCGGAAGGACCGGACAGCCCCGCGCGGUGGGAGACGGUCUGGAUCAAACUGCACGAGUUCGUGAGGACGAACCACGGCGUCGUCACGGAACCGCAGUCGGAAAUGCUGCGGCAAAAGGUGAAAAGUUUCGGGAUCGGCCUCAUCGACAGACGACCGGGCCCGUUCGAGCUGGGCGUGGCGGCCUUGUGGGCCACCAACCUGAACGAGCGGGGACAGGUCGACGGGCGGACCGGUUGGGAGCACGGCGACCAGGGCAGUGCCAGGCUGAGCGAAGUGACGGCCGAGAAGUUGGCACAAAGGGAGGAAGAGAAGAGAAAUCUGCCACAAGAGAAGAAGGGUUUCCGCGAGAGAGUGCCACACUUUGGCAAGGUUGGCACGCACGACACGUCGGGCCUGAGGUGAUUUGAAAAGCCCAGCCGAGUAUAAGGAAAAAAAGCAGAAGGACUGCUCAUGGAAGGAUUAAUAUUCAUUGCGAAUUGAAGACGCAAACACGUGUAAUAUUACACUGUCUGGGGGGCUGGCAAUGGACGACCUGAACAGCACAGACUUUUAAAUUAUUGCAGUUCUUGGACAGCCUCCUGCAACGACUUGCCUACGAGGAUCUGGAACGCUUCGAGGUAUUUGGCACGAGUCGCCUCGACCACUUCCUCCGGCAUGGAGACACCCUCCUUGCCUUUCAAGCCGUUCUUGGUCAACCAGUCUCGAAGGAACUGCUUGUCGAAACUGUCUUGACCUUGGCCGAUCUUGUACGUGGACUUGGACCAGAAUCUCGAGCUGUCCGGGGUCAGCACCUCAUCUAUGAGGACGACCUCGUCCGUCUCUUCGUCCAAACCAAACUCGAAUUUCGUGUCCGCAAUGAUGAUACCCUUCUCUUUGGCAUAGUCUCUCGCAGUCUUGUAGAUCUUGAGUGAAAGCUCUUCGAUGCGCCGCGCGUACCUCUCCCCGACAAUCUGCGCCGCUUGCUCGGUCGAGAUGUUUUCGUCGUGUUGGCCUAGCUCGGCUUUUGUGCUUGGGGUGUAGAUUGGCUCUGGGAACUCUUGCGACUCCUGUAAACCUUGGGGCAUCUUCUUGCCAUUCACCUCACCGGUUUUCUUGUACGAAGACCACGCCGAGCCGGUGAUGUAGCCUCUGACGAUGGCCUCCAGGGGAAACACCUUGAGUUUCCGCACGUGCAUGCUGCGGCCCUUGAGCCGCGAUACUUGGGCUUGUGGGAUGGCAGAGGGUAGAUCGAGAGAAAGGAAAUGUGUCUUGAGGUCUGGGAUUUGUUUCUGGAGGUAGCGGAACCAGUGUGCAGUCAUCAACGUGAGGACGAGUCCCUUGUCUGGAAUUCCCUAGAAAGCAGCGAAAAGAAAAAGUCGGUGAGCUGCUGGCAGUAGCAAGGAUCAAAUCAGUAAACAACAGAGAGCGCACAUUUUCCAUGAUAACGUCGUAGGCAGAUAUUCU